AUGGCAUCGCUGUAUCGUAUGAUCCUGUUGGCAGCACUGCUGCCUCUCUCUGCUGCAGUCAGUCCCACGGUUGAUCUCGGAUAUAGCAAAUACAAAGGCAACGUCCUUAACAACGGUGUCUCGGAAUGGCUUGGAGUUCGAUAUGCUGCCGCACCAGUCAAGGACUUGAGGUUCAAGCUUCCUGAAGAUCCUGUCCGCAUGAGAGCCGUCCAGGAUGCCACCAAGCGGGGACCAGUAUGCAUCGGAACAGAUUCUGAUCCCAAGAUCAUUGGCGAUACUCAAUCCGAAGACUGUCUCUUCCUCAACAUUUGGGCACCGACAAAAGCCUCAGCCAAGGACAAGCUUCCAGUAUAUAUUUAUAUCCAAGGUGGCGGCUUCAAUGGCAACUCAAAUGCCAACGCAAACGGCACUGCUCUGGUCGUUGCAGGUGACCUGGAUAUGAUCGUCGUUUCUAUCAACUAUCGCGUCGGCGUAUACGGGUUUCUCAACGAUGCUGAUCAGAUUACACCAAACGUCGGUCUCCACGAUCAGCGGAAGGCGUUCCAAUGGGUCCAGAAGCACAUCUCCAAGUUCGGUGGUAACCCUGGCCAUGUUGUCAUCGGCGGCGAGUCUGCUGGUGCUGCGAGUGUCAGUCUGCAUCUCAGCGCCUAUGGAGGCAAAGAUGAAGGUCUCUUCCAUGGAGCUAUUGCCCAAUCCAUCUCGUUCGGGUCUCUUCUCACAGAGAAGGAAUCUGUGUAUCAGUUCAACACUCUGGCGGUGCGCCUUGGCUGCGUCGGUGCGAAAAAGGACAUCCUUCCCUGCAUUCGUUCGAAGUCGCCCCAGGAAAUUCAGAAGGUCAACAAGAACCUCCCGAACCUCGGCAGUACCAUUCCGCCCCAAUUCAUGUGGACUCCGAGCAUCGAUGGCAAGCUCGUACCUGAUGUGACUUACCAGGUUUUUGAGGAGGGGAAAUUUGUUAAGGUACCUCUUAUGACCGGUGAUGACACAAAUGGAGGUACUGUUUUCACACCGGUGAAUACUUCUUCUGUGAUGGAGAGCAACGAGUUUAUUAAAGCGAACUUUCCUUUCAUAACCCUAAGCCAGCUAGGGCAAAUCAACGAGCUCUAUCCCAAUAAGAAUGAGUCAUGCCCUAAUCCUGGCUGCUGGUGGCGUCAAGUCAGUGACGUCUACGGAGAUAUGAGAUACAUGUGCUCGUCAAUGUAUAUCUCUAAUGCGCUCACACUACACGGCGUCCCCAACUCUUGGAACUAUUGGUAUGACGUCGAGGACCCCGCUCAGAUGGCCGCGGGCUACGGUGUUCCUCAUGUCGUGGAAAACCAAGCUGUAUUUGGUCCGGGACCAGGCUCGCCAGCCAGCUAUCUCAAUGGCGGGAAGAACGUCCCCGUGGUCCCCGUGAUCCAAGCAUAUUGGACAAGCUUCAUUCGUACCUUGGAUCCGAACACGCAUCGUGAUAAGAGCGCUGUCAAGUGGGAGCCAUGGACUGAAAAAGGCCGGAGGCGGCUGAAGUUUGAGACUGGGGGUAAAACCAAGAUGGAGAAGCCAAGCAAAGACCUACAAAAGAAGUGCGAUUUCUGGGCUGAUAUCGGACCAAGUAUUCGGCAGUAA